UCACACUGAGGCCUGACGACGGUUGCCCUGGGAAGCGAUGGGAACCUGACACCAAACUCGAACCGAAGCGGCGGUUUCCCCAGGAGCUCUGUCACCAAUGGCCAUGUACGAAAUUUAUUCGCAUCCGUCAUUAAUUCGUUACAAAACAAGCAUUUUCACCAAAGCCACCUUGUUCUUGUUGAUAGUUAUGGCGCUUACAUACAUCCCGCCGCUUUUGGUUGCCUACAGGAGUCAUGGUUUUUGGUUAAAAAUAAACACAUACGAAGAACAGCCAAAUGUUAGAUUCCAAUACCAAGUUUUGAUGAUUGUUGGAACUAGCACAAGUGGUGACUUUGUGGCUUGGAGCACGUUUGAGAACUUUAAUAAUCUGCAAGGGGACAAUCUUCGUUUCCCAUUAGUGACAGCUAUGGAAGAAGACCAAAAUCAGGAUGGGAAAAUGGAUCGUCUGAAUUUCCGCCUUGAGCUACCACUCCAAACAUCUGAGCAAGUGUACAGUGUACAAUUUAUUCUGACAUUUUCAUACCAGCUUUUUAGAAUGUCAACAUUUAUAAUGCAGUGUAUGGCAUAUACCUACUUCUCAUCCUCCAUAGCUGGGUCUCAGCUUAGUGUGAAUGGUGACUUAAGGCUACAUCAACGAGAGCCACUUCGACACAAAGGUCUUGACACACGUUAUAAUGUACCAAACGUUGAGGUAGCUUUCCUUUUGGGGAGUGCUGAAAAUUGACACAGUUCAAUGCAGAACUGGCUAACUGUCAGAACUGAGGAUUAGAGUGGCAUUCCUAUAUGCUGAAAAGGAGAAUAUUGAUCUUCAAAGGACUGGACUAUGAAUAGAAAUUUGAGCACAGUAGUCCAAAUAGUCUUGCCUAGAUUGCUGGUCAAGCCAUGUAACACUGCAAAAGCAGGCAAAGAUUGCAUGGCACACACUAAACCUGAUAUAUGUCAGAAUUACACUUUGGAUUCUUGUAUCUCUUGUAGCAUCCAAAUUUGUAUACUUCAAGUAACCUUCCACCACCAGUUAGGUGCUUAUCUCAGGAUUUUACUUAGGUUGGUGCUGGAUAGAAGCAUUCUAAAAUGAAUUGGUACAUGAUCUAACCAAAGUUUUUGUGUUGCAAAUGUCCUUUGUAUACCAGGCACAGGUGCUUACAUUCUGCUUUAAUAGUAAUCUAAGGGAAAAAAAAAUUCUGUAGACAGUUAAAUGUGAUUGGAGAGAAUUGUCGGAAUUCUUUGGUAGGGUGAAUUCAGAUGGACCAAACAACUUCCUUUUCUGGACUUAGUCAUGUGGUGCGACACAAAGUAACUACAUAAUUCUGAACCCAAUCUCCAAGGAUUCCUUUAUGAAGAUAAAUGUGAGAAACAAGAAUUUUAUACUUUGUGAAGAGUUACUGAGAGGCACAUUUUAGAUAGUAAAU